GGCGAGCCAGUUAAUAAGUAGCAAAGGACUUGCUUGUAUUAGUCUUUCACUUGUUUCCAUGGCGUCGGAAAAAAAGGCUGCGCUCGCCGCCGUUCCAUCGGACUCGCCCACCAUAUUUGACAAGAUCAUUAAUAAGGAAAUACCAUCUACUGUUGUUUAUGAGGAUGAUGAGGUUCUGGCCUUUAGGGACAUAGCUCCCCAAGCUCCUACGCACAUUUUGCUUAUUCCCAAAGUUAGGGAUGGAUUAACAGGACUCUCACAGGCUGAAGAGAGGCAUGUAGAGAUUCUUGGGCGACUAUUGUACACUGCAAAAAUUGUUGCUAAGCAGGAAGGCCUCGAAGAUGGUUUCAGAAUCGUGAUCAACGAUGGACCAAACGGAUGUCAAAGUGUAUACCACAUUCAUGUUCACCUCAUUGGGGGACGCCAAAUGAACUGGCCACCAGGCUAAGACUUAUUAGGUAAUGUGAAUAAUUUCUCACAUGAUAUUAUUAUGCAAUAAAAAAUAUAGACAAUCAUAUCAUGUGAGGUAAAAUGUUAUCUGUUUUGUGACCUUUUAUUUAUGACAUAAAAUGAUGUUAUAGGUGAUUUGCAAUGGUUGGUCAAGAUUUUUAAG